AUGAACGCGCCUGUCCACCUGGCUGAAACGGUGGUAUCAAGUCAGAAGAGCCCAGACGCACAGAAAAGGAUCACAAUGCCCAACGCUAGUACCAAACCCAAACAUGGACGCCGUUCAAGAAGGCGACAAAGAGAUGACCCGGCCAGAAAUGAGCUUGUGUCCAGUUCUCUAGAGAGUGCCCAACAGUGUCUCUUCAACCAGGACUAUGGCACUGCAUUUGUCCACUACCUCCUUGCCCUCAACCUGGCACCCGUGUUUAAAGACUUUGCCAAAGACUCUUUCAGGUUUACCCUCUUUAAAUGGGCCGAUGAGCUGGACUCUCUCGGGCGCAUCCAGGACCUGUUUGGCUGCUAUGAACAAGCUCUGGAGCUCUUCCCUAACGAUGAAUUCAUCCUGAACAGCGUGGGAGAGCAUCUGUUUAAGAUGGGGUACCGGGAUGAAGCAGCCUGUCACUUCCACAAAGCCUUGAAGAUGAGGCCUGACUACCCUGAGGCCCGCGAGAACUUUUACAGAGUGGCAAACUGGUUAGUGGAGCGCUGGCACUUCCUCAUGCUCAACGACCGCGGCCGGAACCAAAAGUACCAGCAGGCCAUCCACCGGGCCGUGGAGAGCGGCUGCAACACUGUACUUGACAUAGGUACUGGCACUGGAAUCCUAGGCAUGUGCGCCAAGAAGGCCGGGGCCGCACAGGUGUUUGCCUGCGAGCUGUCCAAAACCAUGUACGAACUGGCCUGCGAGGUGGUGAGCGCCAACGGACUGGGAGGGCAGAUCAACAUCCUCCACAAGAAGUCUUUGGAGAUGGAAGUGCCCAAGGAUAUUCCACAGAGGGUGUCGUUGGUUGUGACAGAGACGGUGGAUGCGGGUUUGUUUGGAGAAGGCAUUAUAGAAAGUCUCAUUCAUGCUUGGCACAACUUGCUCUUACCGCCACAGUCUGAUUCAGAAAGCAGCGAGCCCUCUGCUACAGGUCGAGUGAUCCCAGCUGGAGCCACAGUGUUUGCCAUGGCUGUGGAGAGUCCUGAAAUCCGCCGCCAUCACAGGUUAUGUUUUUCUUCGGUGGGCGGGCUCUCCCUGGCUGCAUGUGGAGAGCUCCGGAGCCCGGUUAGCUGUAACACUGUGCCAGACGAUUCCAUGGAGCCCUACACGACCGAGAGACUGAGCCGUCUGCCUGGGGGAUACACCGCCCUGACCCAGCCCUUCACCGCCCUCAAUAUAAACUUCAACAGUGUGCAGGAGCUGGAGGGUCUGAGCUCCCGACCGGUGCAGAGGCUGUGGCUGCCGAUCACUAAGGAGGGCAGCCUGGACGCUCUGGCUGUUUGGUUUCAGCUGCACCUGGACCGGAACAACAGUCUGUCCACUGGACCGGAGGAGGACACAUGUUGGGAGCAGGCCAUCUACCCCGUCCACACCACCAAGGAUUUUGCCCUCAUGUUGGGCGACAAGCUGCAGGUGGAAGUAUCCUGCCACGACGCCUAUCUGAGACUGUGCAGCGUGGCAGUGCUCCGAGACGGACACGAAAUCCUGCUGGACGCUUCGAUCCCAGACCAACCAGACCCCGGACCCAACCCGAACCCAGAGGCCCAACUUUGCAGCGCAUUAGCAAGCCUCCAAACCGACCAUAGCAAAGACUUCUGCCUCCUAGAAUCUGCUGAAAUGGCUCUUUUAAACAACCAGGACUAUCACAGAAGCUUUCAAAGUGCAGUUUCAAAGUUAUUCUCCCAUUUAAAGCUGGCAAAUCCACGUCAUGUACAAGAUUCUAGUGACCCUCUUUACGCACUGGACGUUUCCGAGGGCUUCUCCCUGCUGUCCCUAAUCGCAGCCAGCCAGGGUCAUGUGAAAGCUUACAGUUCGGUGGAGAAGGACAAGCAACAGGAAGUGCUCAAGAAGCUGGCCCGCUCCAACAACAUCCCAGAACGGAGCCUGGAGUUUUGGCUCAACUGCACGGAGGACGACCAGGGCCCGCUGCAGAGGCCCCCCACUGAGAAGCUGUGGAGCGCCAUCAUGUUGGACUGUGUGGAGACGUGCGGGCUGAUCAGGCAGAAGCUCAUGGACAAGGCCUCACUUGCAAGGUGUUUGCUGGAGGAAGGAGGAAGAAUAUUUCCGGAGAGGAUAGUGGUACAUGGGAUGCUGGUGGAGUCCGACAUGCUGCUGCUGGAGAGUGCCGUCCAGGGAAAAGAGCCCACACUGGGGUUCAACAUCGCCCCUUUUAUCAACCAGUUCACCGUGCCGGUGCAUGUGUUUCUGGACUUCUCCACCCUGGACUGCAGACACCUGAGUGAAGCUGCGGAGCUCUUCGUCCUGGACCUAAUGGACACCAAUGCAAACUACACCACGAGACAAGUCAAGGUCAAGGUUACGAGCGCUGGGAGAGUGACGGCCAUUCCCUUCUGGUACGACAUCUACCUGUACGAGGACAUCAGCGUGAGCACCCUGAGCCACAACUCUCACUGGAAGCAGGCCGCCGUGGUUCUGCAGGAGCCGCUGCAGGUCCAGGCCGGGGACUGGAUCAGCCUCUGCGUCACCCUGCACAAGAGCACCAUGUCCAUAUCUGCUCAGCCGGACAACCAGCCUCAGCCCAUGGACUAG